AAGCUUAAAUUGGCAACACUGUCUCUCGAUAACAGCAGAAGGAAAAUAAAUAAAACCAUAUCACACGUAUCGUUGAUGUCUGAUUAUUAAUUUUUAUUUAAAAUUAAAGAAUAGCUAAUGUUUAGUUUGUUUUUCAAGGAAUAAGAGUAAUGAUGAUCGAAGAUGCUAAAUUACAUUUCAGCUUGGAUCUUAAUUUGCUUAUAUUUAAUUCCCUUUCGAACUUAUGCAACUUAUUCAUGCAGUCUUGACAAAAAUGUUAAUUUUGAAAACUGUUGGACUCUUCUUGAUAAAGUGAAAAAUAAUUAUAAUAUUUUUUUACAAACACCUGAUGAGUAUAUUAAAAAGUAUGGAACAUUUAGUAAUUCACAGCGACUGCUUAUGCGAGAAGAAGCUAGAAAAAUGUUUCAAUUUGGUUAUGACAGCUAUCUGGAAUAUGCAUUUCCUAAAGAUGAAUUGAAUCCUAUCUUCUGCACUGGAAGAGGACCAGACUAUGAAAAUCCGUCCAAUAUAAAUAUCAAUGAUGUGCUUGGUGAUUAUUCUUUAACUCUAAUUGAUGCAUUGGAUACCUUAGCGAUUAUGGGAAAUUCUAGUGAAUUCAAAAGAGCUGUGGAAUUGAUCAUUGAUAAUGUAUCAUUUGAUACUGAUAAUACUAUACAAGUGUUUGAAGCAAACAUUAGGAUUUUAGGAUCUUUACUAUCAGCUCAUCUUCUAAUAACUGAUAAAAAACAGCCUUUUGGAAAUUUAAUACCUUCUGGGUACAACAAUGAUUUACUUGAUUUAGCUCACGAAUUAGCUAGUCGUCUUUUGCCUGCAUUUGAAAAUACUCAAACUGGAUUACCAUAUCCAAGAGUCAAUCUUCGGCAUGGUGUUCCUGAAGAUGUGUCUACUCACACUUGCACUGCUGGAGCUGGAUCAAUGCUUUUAGAAUUUGGAAUGCUUAGUAGACUAUUGAAAGAUCCUGUGUAUGAAGGUGUUGCUAGAAGAGCAGUGAGAGCUCUUUGGCAAUUGAGGUCUAAUAAUACUGGAUUGCUGGGUAAUGUUGUUGAUGUUCAAUCUGGAGAAUGGAUAGGACAAAUGAGUGGUGUUGGAGCUGGCUUGGAUUCAUUUUAUGAAUACCUAUUGAAAUCAUAUAUCCUAUUUGGAGAAAAAGAAGAUUACAGAAUGUUCAAUGAAACUUAUUACACUAUUAAACGUUAUAUGAGAAAAGGUCGACCUCAUUGCAAUCAUGGAUUUGGAGGGCAUCCCAUGUACGUUAAUGUAAAUAUGAUUGAUGGUAGCACUCUCACACUUUGGAUAGAUUCUUUACAGGCUGCUUUUGCUGGUGUUCAAGUCCUCACUGGUGAUAUAGAAGAGGCUAUUUGUGCUCAUGCUCUGUAUUAUUCUAUUUGGAGAAGAUUUGGUGCAUUACCUGAAAGGUUCAAUUGGCAGAAAAUAAGUCCAGAUUUAGCUUUUUAUCCUCUACGACCAGAACUUAUUGAAUCUACUUAUUUACUAUACCAAGCUACUAAAAAUCCAUUCUAUUUUCAUGUGGGACAAGAAAUUAUUGAAAGUUUAAACAAAUACUCAAAAGCUAAGUGCGGCUAUGCUACUAUCCACAAUGUACAAGAUAAAACUCUGGAAGAUAGAAUGGAAAGUUUCUUUUUAAGUGAGACCUGCAAAUAUUUAUAUUUACUAUUUGAUGUUGAUAAUCCAGUGAACAAAAUGGCCAGUCAUUAUCUUUUUACUACUGAAGGACACAUAUUUCCUCUACAUCAUCAAACAAGGCAGAAACCAUGGGAUUUUACUAAAGAGCAUACUGAGAUCCAAGUUGAAUUAAUUCCUGAUAUUCCACCUUCUGUAAAGAACAACAAUACACAGUCAAAUUGUGAAAGGAUACCUGAUGAACGACAGUACCUGUUACCACUUAAGCCAAAAUACAUGCUUCAAAUUAGUCGAGCUUUAGGUCUCGAUAGUUGAUUUAUUUUUAUAAUAAAUUAUUUUGUGUACAAAGAGAAAAAUACUCAUUUGUAAAUUGUAAAAAGAGAUGUUUAUGUUUUGUACUAAAGUGUUAAAGAAAAUCACUUGUUAUUUUGAAUACUGUAAAGAUAUUUUUAAACUUAAUUUAUUUUGAAAUAUACACUGUUAAAAUAUAUUUUCUUCAAAUAAAAUUUUAUGCUCAAUCUGA